UGUAGAUGUUUUGAUUUCUUUUUUGAUUUGAUUUUCUGCAGGAGUCUAGAUGUCAGUAUCUCAGGCAGAAAAUGGAGGCAAAGAAGCUGAAGAGAGAUGUUGAAGCCCUAAUAGCCUCUUACAUUGGACAGAAGCUUAGAGAAGAUGCCUUCGAUCCAAAGGGGAAGGGAACGUCCACAAUGCUGGAUGACCUGGCACACUAUGAUCUUGCCAUCAGUGUUGCCCUUUGGUGGCUGGAGAAGAAAGAAGGACGAGGUGUGCUUGACAGAGAGAUGAUUGGAGCAACAUGCAGCUUAGGAAGUGCCCAGUAUCCUAAUCGCUUAGAACGGGAGGCUAUGAUCUUGUCAUCCUUUGCUGGAAUUAUUAUGAGUAGCCUGCCACUGGAGGAAAUCUUGGCUCUGUACAGGUGUAAACCAGCUGCUGUGUACCCCAACCAGAAGUCCCAGGGCUCAAUUGUUUAUCCUUUCACUCUGUCCUACCAUCCGUUCGCCAUGCUUGGAUCUUACAAGGCCGUGCACCACUCCAAGGAACACAAUCAGAAGCUGAAAAGAUGGCUGUCUGGGCAGACAAAGGCAAGUGCUCCACCCCGGGAAGUUUCACCUUCAUUUUCCUCCUCAUCUCAGUCAUUCAUCAGUGACAGCAGUGAUGAUCAUCAGGAGAGAACUGAGCACUAUGAAGGCUCACAAGAGUCUCUGCACAACUGAAAUGACCCUCCAACAGCUACUUUGUGUCUUCAGGGUGGACUACAAUGUGCUUUCUGAUGUUUGCUUCAUACUGUCAAACUCAAGUAAUCUUUAUUCUUCUGUCUUUUAACAGUAGUGGAGAAAUUAAGUUAGAGCAAUAGU